UUUUUAUCAUAAUUUAAUUAAUGUUCAAUAAGGUUUAACCUAAAUAAAAUACCGAGGAAUCAUAAAAAGUUUAAACUAUAACAGAAGCUAUGCAAAAAUAUGAUGUUAGAUUCCCUGUUCCUGGUAGUUAGAAUCAAACAGGAUCUUUUUUGGCUAUAGAUUGUGAAAUGGUUGAAUGUGAAAAUGAGAUUGGAGCUAGUGUAUAAAUGCUUGCUAGAAUUACAGUUGUUAAUUAUAAUGGUUAUGUUGUUUUGGAUCAAUAUUAUAAACCAAGAUUUAAGGUGUUAAAUUAUAUUACACGAAUUUCUGGAAUUACUCCAUAAAUAAUUAAAGAUAAACCAGUUUAUAAUGACUUUGAAAAAUAAAAGCUUUAACUUUUAUUCAAAGGUAAAUAUAAGCAAUUAUUUUAUAGAUAAGACUAUAAUUGGACAUACUUUAAAAAGUGAUUUUGAUGCUAUGGAAUUUAAUCUAGAGGAUUACUAAACCAGAGACCUUAUGAAAGUGGACUUUUUGAAAUUAGAAGAAGGAUCAAGUAAUAUUAUAAAUAAUAUGAGGGUUUAAAAAAGAUGUGUUUGAAGUAUUUGGGUCAAAAUAUUUAAUAAGGAUAACAUAGUUCUGAAAU